AUGGUGGAGCUGGAGAAACAAAGAAUGCAGUUUGCAAAGGAUUUGGAAAUUCAGAGAAUGGUCUUCAUGGAGUCACAGGUCCUGCUUGAGACGCUAAAGCGUGCUAAACGCAGCUCGGGAAAUAGUCCCUUCACGAACACGAGGAGCCACGGCUCAAUGGCUGCUGCACCUACCCAUUUCUCAGCGUCCACAACCGAUUCAUUUUCUAAACCCUUAAUGCCUCCUGCUCGAGCGCCGGCAACCUCCUUGGGUUUCCUAUCAUCCUCGUCCCCUUCCCUUAAGCCGCUCCGGGCCGCGUCUCCUUCUUCCUGCUCUGCUCUGGCGGCGUCCACCCCCGCCAUUAAGACCCCUGCACCCCUGGAUUUCCAAACGUCACUCUUCACAAAGGAGAAAAUCAACCUAGCCGGUGACGAUGAGUACAUUGUAAGAGGUGGACGAAACUUGUUUAAGUUGUUGCCAGAUGCAUUCAAGGGUAUAAAGCAGAUUGGAGUAAUUGGUUGGGGCUCACAGGGAGCUGCACAAGCUCAGAACUUAAGAGAUUCUCUUGCUGAAGCAAAAUCUGAAAUUAUUGUCAAGAUUGGUUUGAGGAGAGGAUCAACUUCAUUCGCUGAGGCCCGUGCUGCUGGUUUUACCGAAGAAAAUGGGACCCUGGGUGACAUAUGGGAAACUGUUUCCAGCAGUGAUUUGGUGCUGCUUUUGAUAUCAGAUGCCGCUCAGGCUGAUAACUACGAGAAGGUGUUCUCCCACAUGAAACCAAAUAGCAUACUUGGACUUUCCCAUGGGUUCCUCUUGGGUCAUUUGCAGUCAAUGGGUCUUGACUUCCCGAAAAACAUCAGUGUGAUAGCUGUAUGUCCCAAGGGAAUGGGACCAUCUGUAAGGAGGUUAUAUGUUCAAGGGAAGGAAAUUAAUGGUGCUGGUAUUAAUUCCAGUUUUGCUGUUCACCAGGAUGUUGAUGGGAGAGCUACUGAUGUUGCCCUUGGGUGGUCUGUUGCCCUUGGUUCACCUUUUACUUUUGGUACCACAUUGGAGCAGGAGUACAAGAGUGAUAUCUUUGGGGAGCGAGGCAUUUUGCUUGGCGCUGUGCAUGGUGUUGUGGAGUCCCUAUUCAGAAGGUACACUGAAAAUGGAAUGAGUGAGGAUCUUGCUUACAAGAACACUGUGGAGAGUAUUACCGGAAUCAUAUCGAAGACUAUAUCAACAAAGGGUAUGCUGGCUGUCUAUAAUGCAUUAAGUGAAGAUGGAAAGAAAGAAUUUGAGAAAGCAUACAGCGCUUCGUAUUAUCCAUGCAUGGAAAUCCUCUACGAGUGCUAUGAAGAUGUAGCAAGUGGCAGUGAGAUAAGGAGUGUUGUCUUGGCUGGCCGUCGCUUUUAUGAAAAGGAAGGUUUGCCUGCUUUCCCGAUGGGCAAAAUUGAUCAGACACGGAUGUGGAAAGUUGGGGAAAAAGUUCGAGCGGCACGUCCAGCUGGUGACUUGGGACCUCUGUACCCUUUCACUGCAGGGGUCUUUGUGGCCCUCAUGAUGGCCCAGAUUGAAAUUUUACGGAAAAAGGGGCACUCUUACUCGGAGAUCAUCAAUGAGAGCGUGAUCGAGUCUGUUGAUUCAUUGAACCCCUUCAUGCACGCCCGGGGUGUUUCUUUUAUGGUGGACAACUGCUCUACAACGGCUCGGUUGGGAUCAAGGAAGUGGGCCCCAAGAUUUGACUACGUUCUAACCCAGCAGGCGCUGGUUGCAGUGGACAAUGCUGCCCCUAUCAAUCGGGACCUCAUCAGCAACUUCCUUUCAGAUCGCGUGCAUGGGGCCAUUCAAGUAUGUGCUCAGCUAAGGCCUACCGUUGAUAUUUCGGUGCCUCCUGAUGCUGAUUUUGUCCGUCCGGAGCUCAGGCAAACUGCCAACUGA